UCCAGCAGCGCCUGAGUUGUACUGGAUAGAUGGGCAAAUAGUUGUAGGCGCGCUCUUUGAAAGUUUGAAAUACAUCCAGCGAAUUCAACGGCUGACUGUGAUUGAUCUCAGAGGACUUUUGAUUUUAGUUGACAUUAAAUUUGUGCGUUUCUGGGAGCGGACAACAAGUGUUGUGGCGUCUUUUAAAGCGUGCGUAACAGUCGUUUCUUUCUCAGACUCAAUUUAUAAAAAAAAUUGUGCUUCCUUGACAAGACCUUGCAUUUGGAGAAAGGACAUCUAACCCAGGGCUAAGAUGACAGCGAUCAGAAUGGUUUCAUCAGUGCUGCUGCUGGUGCUGAUGCAGUCCGGAGCUCUUUGCGCACGGAGGUUCCGGGGUGGCCGCAACCCACAACCACGACGCUCAUCACCUCCUCCCACAUACCGGGCCGACCGGGGUGACACCACGGAGAGCUUCCCUCUGGAUUUCACCGCCGUGGAGGAGAACAUGGAUAACUUCAUGACACAAGUCAAGAACCUUGCGCAGUCCCUGUACCCGUGCUCGGCGCAGAAGCUCGACUAUGACAUGAAGCUGAACUUUUUGGAGAAUACAUCAGUCAGCUGCAACGACGGAAGUCCUGCGGGGUACUACCUGAAAGAAUCGCGAGGUAGCAGACGGUGGCUGAUAUUCUUAGAGGGGGGCUGGUACUGCUUCAACAAGGAGAACUGUGAUAGCCGAUAUGAGACCAUGAGGAGACUGAUGAGCUCAUCCAAGUGGCCCCAAACUAAAACAGGCACGGGGAUCCUGUCUCCACUGCCUGAGGAAAACCCUCAUUGGUGGAAUGCCAACAUGGUGUUCAUCCCGUACUGCUCCAGCGAUGUGUGGAGUGGCGCGACAGCCAAAACGGAGCAAAGUGGCUAUGCCUUUAUGGGCUCACUGAUUAUUCAGGAGGUUGUGAAGGACCUGCUGAACAAAGGUCUGGACAAUGCCAAGGUCCUCCUGUUAGCAGGAAGCAGUGCGGGUGGCACUGGGGUCCUGCUGAACGUGGACCGUGUGGCAGAGCUAUUGGAGGGGCUUGGGCACACUGGGAUACAAGUGCGAGGUCUGUCUGAUUCUGGCUGGUUCCUGGACAACAAACAGUACCACUGCACAGACUGUGUGGACACUGUCAGUUGUGCCCCCACUGAGACCAUCAAGAGAGGCAUCAAGUACUGGGGAGGAGUGGUGCCAGAGAGGUGCAGACAGACCCAUCAAGGAGAAGAGUGGAACUGUUUCUUUGGAUACAGAGUAUUCCCAUCAAUAAAAAGUCCUGUGUUUGUGGUCCAGUGGCUCUUUGAUGAGGCCCAAUUGACAGUGGACAACAUCCAGCUAACAGGCCAACCUGUGCAAGAAGGCCAGUGGCGCUACAUCCAAAAUCUGGGCAUAGAGCUGAGGAACACACUCAAAGAUGUCCCGGCUAUGUUUGCUCCAGCCUGUCUAUCUCAUGAAGUUAUCACCAGAAAUUACUGGAUUGACGUGCAGGUUAAAGGAACCUCCUUGCCCCGAGCGCUGCACUGCUGGGACCGGAGCCUCCACGACAACAGAAACAACAAAGCCCCACCCAAAGGCUGCCCUGUACAUUUGAUUGACAGCUGCCCAUGGCCACACUGCAACCCCACCUGUCCGACCAUCCGAGACCAGUUCACUGGACAAGAGAUGAACGUCAUUCAGUUCCUCAUGCACAUGGGCUUUGAUGUGCAGAAGAUGGCUCAGCAGCAGGGCAUGGACCCCAGCAAGCUACUGGGCAUGCUCAGCAGUGGCAGCUAAAGGGACAUACCUACACUCAGUAUCUCCAAGCUAAGCCCAAGCAGGGCUGUCUGGUCUCUCUGGCCAGUCUCCCAUGCCUAAUACCUCCAAGUACCCAUCCAGCUUCAUAACCCAUUCUACCUAUGAUCUAUUCCCCUCUGACCUCCAGUUUACUUUAGUGCAAACCUCAGUCAUACAAAGGGGCUUAGAUUUGGUCCCACUAUCCCUUUACUCACACUACUGGUGACAGGUACAGGGGCCACCAUGACAAGGCACAACUCUCUGCUACUCUCCAUUUAAAUUAUCUUUUGCUUUGUAAAAGAAAAAAAAAUAUCACGAAUGUAAUCCAGUUUUAAGGAUGCUCAUUGAUGUUUUGUUUUUUUUAAAUAUUAUUUUCAUCCUACCAUAUAGAUUUUAUUUAGUCAUUGUUACAAAAAAACAGAAAAAAAUACCACAAUGACGUAAAGAUGCUGUCUUUGUUAAGUAGUCACUAUAGAGUAUAUAAAGGUAUAAUUUUGUUCAGACAGUUUGGGUUCUACAAAUAUGUCAAACAUCAAAAACAGGGACGCAUGGUAAGUUGAGAAAAGCACUGGAUCACGAUGGAAAUUUUGUAUUUACCUCUAAAACAAUGGCAAGAAUGACAGAAAGAGACAAAUGACACUAAUAUUCCUCUAAUCAAUUUAACACACUCUUUACAUAGUUCGGCUACAGAAUGAAAAAGAAAAAGAGCCUGAAAAAAUGAAAAAAAAAUGUGAAAACACGAAAAAAACUGGCAAUGCUCCACACUUGACAUUACUGUCCUGAUUAUUAUGAGAUAACAGAAAAGGUCCCUGUAGAGGUAACUCUCAUUCUUGGCAGUGUUGGAAUCUAAGUGGCAUGUUUUCGACAUCAGUGAAGAUGCCACAGUGUCCGGUUCAGUCAUGUUCCCAAACUGAUUGUGGUGCUAAAGUGGACCUGGAAAGACUUUACGGUCUAUCAGUAGCUAUACAUAUACCACAGUGCCAUUACAUCUAGUCUAUACCUCUUUCUCACAGGCCACAUCAUCGCAAGAAGGCUGUUCAAACCCCGUCAAAGGGUACACAUUCAUGUUAGGUCACCUCAGUAGUUCAGCAAUCCUCAGAUCAAUGCAAUGAACAUUUAAAGGGAGACAUAUUGUGUAAUGUAUUUUUUUUUUGAGUAUUUGUAUAGGUUCUUUCAAGUGUUCACUAUUGCAACUCCCUUCUUAAAUUUCAUAAUAGAGAUCACUUUUUAAUAUAAUGACAAUGUUGUAUGUAAUGAUGUCUUUAUAAAUGAUGUUUUUAAAGGACCUCUAUUUCGCAUCACACCAGAGAAGGAAAGGUAUUACUAAUGUAAUUUUAUUCUGUAACAUAUUUUUUAACAGAAAAAAAACUCAAGCUACAUUGGUAAUUUACAUAUUUAUUUUGUUAUGUAAAUCAUAUUUAUAAGUGCUAUUUUCACAGAGAAGUGAUUCUUUGUAAAUUGUAAAUACAUUGCUGUUUUUUCUCUUUGUGUUGAUUGCAUGUCUUUGUAUCAAACCUAAAAGAAAAGACACAUUACAUAUAC